GAUAAAGGAAGUGCUGGUCACUCUGGGGACGGGUGAGUUUGGGGAAGGCUCUCACCCUCCCUUGCUCUUCUGAAGGGGCCUGAUCCUCACUCUCCGGGUGUCUCCUGACUCCCCAAGGAGGCACCUCCAGGGCCUCCCUCUGGCCUUGACAGAGCUGCUGACACCUCCUUCCGGCGAGGAGAGUGAGACAAUGGGUCUGUUCCCGCUGCUGUCUCUGCUGCUGCUGCUGUCACGUCUGCAGGCCGGUAGCUCAGCAGAGUGUGAUACAACUAACUACGGAAUCAAGCAACCAGACCGCCUCUCAGCCUCCGAGGGUGGCUCCGUCCGCAUCCGUUUCUCCUUCUAUCACGACUGGCAGUUAGCCCCGGAUCCCAGAGUGAGUGUAGCCUUGAGACGGACAGGUUUCCAUGGGGAGGUCAUCUACAACAGUACUCAGCCUUCCAUCCAUAAGGACUACAAGAAGCGGAUCUCCCUUGAAUUAUCACUGGGUCAGAAGUCUGGCUCCCUGCAGAUAUCGAACCUGCAGGAGAAGGAUGGGAAUUUGUACUUUUGCCGGAUCCAAGUGGAAACAUUAAGAUGCGGCAAGAGGUCGUGGCAGGCCCUCGCAGGAACCGAACUCACCAUCACCCCCGCUCUCAAGAUGACCACCACUGCCCCCACCACCACUGGCCUCAGUGUCUUGGAAGGCAAUAGGAGCUCAGCAUCUUCACCCAGGAGUGUGGAACCUGUGGUCAUAGUGACAGUGGCCAACACUGUGCUCAAAACUGCAAUUUUGGGACUGAUACUCUACCUCAGGUGGAAAAGGAGCAAAGGAUGAAGCCCAGGGCGACAACCCCAUCCUCUAUGCCUCCCUCACCCUCUCCAGCUCCUCAUCACGGGCAGCACCUCCCCACCUCCGUCCCAAGGAGGCCCCGCAGGAGGAGACCCUAUAUUCUCUCGUAAAGGCCUGACGAGCGGGACUGGAGGAUGACUGCCUUAGACUGAGCUGCCCAGCGGGUCACAGCCUCUGAUAAUGACCCCGGCCAGACGGGAAGACUCAGAAGCCAGUGGGUGUGGAAGGCCUCCAAGGACCACAGAGAGACAGAGCCAUCUGCUCCAACCCCCUCUCCACCUUCCCAGCCCUUGCCCACAAGAGUGAAAGGCCUGGUAGAAUUUGCCCGAAGGCAUCUAAGGAGAAAACUGAUGGCUCCUUCCACUCUGUCUUCUUCUCACCACGAAUGAAUUAAAAUAAAAGGUCACACCC